UCAGCUCUAAAAUCCAUUCUUUAGCAAAGAGCUGUUGGCAACCGGCGCUUGUUCGAGUAAGUGCUGCAAGCUGAGGAAACCGAAGCACAGCUGCACUGUGCAGCCGUGGUCAAGAGCCUUCCUUCUUCCUGGCACCAGGCCCCCACGUAGGGUGGCAUGACUCUCUUCAGUAGUGAGGAAGGGUGCUGGAAAUCUCUGUGUCACCCCCCUGCUUUCUCUUUCCCUAGAUUUGGACAUGGCCAGAGAACCCAAGCCAAGCCGAGCCAGGCCUGGGCAGAAGAGGCAGCAUGGCAGCACCUUCUACCACAGUAACUGUGACCUGGACUAUGAUCUCUACAGAGAUGAUUUCCCUUACCGAGUGUAUGAGUACCAGAAGAUCCCCCCACUUAUUAAUCGCAUUCCUGUCAAGGCCAGGAGAACUCACCUGGGGACAGGAGGGAAAAGCAGCCUGAACCCCCACACUGGGCCAAGAAGCAGCAGUAACUCAGCAGUGGGUCGGACAAAAUUGCGAGCUGAAGAGCUUCAUUCCAUUAAGGGAGAGCUGAGUCAGAUCAAAGCCCAGGUGGACAGUUUGCUGGAGAGUCUGGACCGGAUGGACCAGAGACGAGAGCGGCUGACAGGGUCCAAGGAGAGUGAGAAAAAGAAAGCUGAGGCAAGUGAAGAACCCUCAUCCCCCGUGGGGGAGAUGCUGCGGGAACCCCGAGGGAAGGAGAGCACAGCAGCUGAUGAGCAGAGUGACCUGCGAGACAUCGACAGCGUGGAGGAGGGCACAGACACGGAGGAGAUGAUGAAAAAUCACGCGUCGGAUCCUGAAGGCAGCCAUUAGGUGGACUGGGAUGCUACAGCCACCCCCAGGCUGGGCAGCAUUUCCUUUCUUGUGUUUGUAUUUCUUUCAAGGCCUUCAGCUGGUGCCAGACAUGACAUGAGUUACCUGGUCUCAGUGCUAGUGCAGCAAAACGAGAGCCCCAAGCCACUUUGACUAGCACCUCACUAUUUCCUCCAGAACAAGACUCCCAAUGUGCCCAUGACAAGAGAAAUCCUUGUAUUUAACUGCUCUUUGUAGCACCAAAAAAUAAUGUGUGUUGGAGGGAAAGUGUGGGAGGAGAGGCAGUGGAGGGGAAGGGGUUUGAGGAGGAAAAGCAGAAAGCCCCGGAGAAGCAGACAGUCUCCAUACUGUGCGAUUCCAGACAGGCCUCCCCUUGUUUGCAAACCUUUCCCCAUGAUGCCGCAACCUUGUGGAGCUAGUUCCAGGGAAGCUCUUGCUGAGUUGCUCCAGACCAUGCCAUUGCUGAUGAACUAGGUACCAGCGAAAGGGCCCACUGCCUAGAUCACUGUUUGAGCUCCCACCCCCGAAUUACUCCUCUCUUGCCCAAGUAACUGUGGGUGAUUCACGUUGCCAGUCAGUUGAUCUGCUGAGUUCAGACAAACAAUGAAGCUCCCCAGGCACUUUUGCUGGCAUGUCCCAGUGUGGCUUCUUGCCCCACCCCCCAGGUGUUUGUUGGCCCAGAGGUAUGUGGGGCUGAAAGAGAAUCGCCACUUGCUUGACUUCUGUGCUCAAAUCCCAGCUUCAUCCAACCCAGAAAUGCAUCCACCAGCGGCUCCUUCCGACCUCUUCUCCCUGAACAAUGGUUUCAUGGCAAACACUGCAAUGAAUUACAUCUAGAACAGGCCAAAAUGUCACCUGCUAAUAAGUACAACGGGCCCACCCCAUCACAUGUUCCAGACCCCUGAGCUCUCUGCAUCAUGUCAUUAAGGCAGGACUGAGAUGCCUUGAAAGGGGCAGUCACUCACAGCAGUGAAAAGCAAACAGUGAGACAUCAUACAUCAAUUUAUUUCUGAGCCCUGGCCUGCCAGAGGGAAAAGGUCUAUCACUGGGCUGUAACUCACUGGCCUGCUGAACAAAAUACUGGCAGGGCUAGAGAAAACUAUUUCCUUGUGGUGUUAAUGGAAAUCUCACAGAGCAGCGCACUGAUGGGGAGGAAUUGCAUUCUGUCAGAUCCAGCUCCUCCCAAAUAUCCUCCAUAUACCUAGUUUUCAAUUCCAUGCUGGAGGCCCUGAAUAGUUACCACUGCCCCUCCUCCUAGCCCCCCCCCCCCCCAUAGGAGGGUUCAGCAUUUAUCAGAGAAGCACAGUUUAAUCCCCAGAGAUAGGGAUGUAAAGCAAGGCAGGCAACUCCUUUGGUGAAGAGCUGCUAGGUCUGUAAAUAUCUUGGCCUCCCAUGCACUUACUGGGAGGCAGUGGGGUAUUUAUACCACUUGUGUGUGCCAAGUGCUUCAUAGGCAUCAACCUUUGCCUUGAAAUCUUUCAUCUAAAUACUGUGAUUGGAGCAUUUAAAUGCUGUGAUGGGAGGCAGGUUCCUGAGUAGUCCCAGUUUUGACACUGACUAGCUGGUUUGACCUAGGGCAGUUCCUCCCCGCAGCUCAUUUUCCCCAUCUGUGAACCAUUUCAGAGGUUCAUUGUGGAGCUCAAUGAGAUACUUUGUGUGAGAAACACUCAGGCCUUUCCUUCAAGGGAGAGAACAGACCAACCCAUGUUAACUAACCCAUGUAAGAAUAGACAAGGCAGUGCAUUUUUUUCAGGCUGUAGUAUUUAUUACUUGAAUUCUCAUAGUCCCUAGGACCCCCAUUGAUGGACCCAGGGCCCCCACUGUACUUCAUUCUGUAUGGCCACAGAACAAAAAGAUAGUCCCUGCCCUGACAAAUUUACAGUUUAGACAGCAUAUGAGAGCCAGCAGCUGGAUACAGCAAUGCACUGACCUCAGUCCACCAGUGGCUAACUGCUGUCAAGACUGCAGCCAUCACAGUAGAAGAGAGUGCUAGGGAAGAAUUGGAAGGGCAGUACAGUGAAGAAUUGGAAGGGCAGUACAGUUUAUAAGUAUUUGCAACACGGAGGAGGCAUCAGUGGGUGACUGGUGGUGGGACUCAGCCUCAGGGUACUGAAUUAAUGGUGACAAAAGGUAAGGGAAUGCAGACAAAUGGCUGUUUGAUAAAUAGAGAAGAGAACUAGGCAUAGGAAACCCCAGGGGAAACUUGUUAAGGCUACAACUUGCCUUACCUAUGCCAGGAUCUUUGCAGAGAAUAAGAACAUACCUUGUUUUCUAGUAAAAAGACAAGCCAUUGAGACCUACAAAUGGAAUUGACUUCAAGGGCUAAGGAUUAUUAUCAUACAGCAGCUGUUAAUAGCCAAGUUCCUGCCUGCCCAGAAAGCCUGACAGAGAAAUAGCACUCAUAUGAAUGCCACUGCCCACCCAGACAGUGCGCUACUAAAAAGGUUAUAGCUUUGGAUGCUGUUGUUUGUAAACUGGAUAGCUAAAGGUUUUUCCUUUAGUCUCACAUGGCUUUUAUACAUCACACAAUGUGAUAUGGUUCAUAAAUCACCUAUCUGGAAUCCCAUGAACAGCUUUUCCAUAAAUAAAAUGAGCAUGUGUUUAUUUUUCCAGCAGGUUAAAUCCUGCUACGUAUACAAUGACAUACCUUGGGCAAUUUCCCACCCAAAAGAGCCUGAAUGCCCCCUCACUCCCAUGUUGUUGUGUUCUGGAACCACUGUAUCUUACUUUCCUGUCCCUCCUUUCAAGGAUGUCUCUUUCUUGCUGGUAGGAAGUUGUAUCUGUAUUUCUAAUUUGCUCUGGAAAGAGUGUAUUGUGUUGGAAAGAAAAAGAAUAAAAUUUGUAUUUCUUUUCUCUGGUUA